AUGUAGAAAAUGUGUAGCAAGUUCUGAUUCUUUCAUGAAAUAUCUUGAGAAUCAAGUGGUUCAGACGUGAAAUGGCCCUCAGAACAACAUGGAGGAUCAGGAAACCGGGGAAACAGCAUCUGGAGCUGUUGGCUCUAGGACCACACUUCUUCAGCUCUGACCAAUGCCAGGAAAUGGAAGUCUCACAGUUUGCCUGUCAGCCCUCACAAGACUAGGAACUGGACACUGGAAUCACUAUAAUUUUUGCUGCAGAAUAACCAGGAUAGACAUGAUUCAGCUGAUGAUCAAAAUAUUUGUCAUGUGUGGCACAUGAAUAUAGAAGCCCUUCCAGAAUGGAUAAACUGCCUAAUACAAAAAGCCGAGUGGACAGUUGGAAAACUGAAUUGCCCUUUCUGUGGGGCCCGUUUAGGGGGCUUUAAUUUUGUCAGCACUCCAAAAUGUUCCUGUGGCCAGCUUGCAGCUGUACAUUUCUCCAAGAGCCGGACCGAUUAUCAGCCAGCACGGGGGCGCCGACUAAUGAGAGCAUCACUGCAGUACUUGUCGCAUCCUAGAGUUCAGUCAGGUUGUGACAAGGGAACUCUGCUGACAGGUGGCGCCUCCAAAAUCAGAAAUUACGAGCUUUUAAAUAUGGCUCAAAAUAAUAAUGGCCCUGGAAGAUUAACAGAAGCACUCUGCCUGGAGGUACGGUCAACAUAUUUUGAGAUGAAGAACAAAAAACUGCUCUUCAAAGCAUCAGAUCCAAAAUGCCAGCUUUUUGUUCCCCAGCUUGUGACUGGCAGAUGCACUACAAGAGCUUUUCAUAGAAAAUCACAUAGUUUGGAUCUGAACAUCAGUGAGAAACUGACUUUAUUACCCACUUUAUAUGAAAUACAUAGUAAGACAACUGCCUAUCCCAGGCUAAAUGAAACACAGCCUACUGACCUUUCAGGCUUGCCUUUAGAAUCUAGUACAAAUAGCUGUUCUUUUCAGAUUUCAUCUAGUUUUGAUCCUAAUAUGCUGCUGCAAAGAUUUUCAGUGGCUCCCCAUGAGACCCAGACACAAAGAGGAGGAGAAUUUCAGUGUGGUCUAGAAGCUUCUGCAGUGUACUCUGAUCAUGCUAGUUCUAACGACCUGACUUUCAUGAUGGACCCGCCCUCGGCUGACAGGAGCAUGCUGGAGGCCUCAUACCAGGAAGAACACCUCUCUCAUCUGGACUUGCUACGCUCAGGCAGUUUUUCAUUGGAUGCCGUUAAUCAGAGGCUCAAUAAGAGAGAAAGGAGCAAGUUGAAGAAUCUGAGAAGGAAACAACGAAGGCAGGAAAGAUGGCUGCAGAAGCAGGGUAAAUACCCAGGAUUGGGGUUGCUGGAUCAUAUGACUUUGAAUAAUGAGAUGAGUACAGAUGAUGAUAAUGAAUAUUCAGAAGAAAAGGAAAGCUACGUCUGUGCAGUGUGUCUGGAUGUUUAUUUCAACCCGUACAUGUGUUACCCUUGCCACCACAUCUUCUGUGAGCCCUGCUUACGGACUCUUGCCAAAGACAAUCCUACAAGCACUCCCUGCCCAUUGUGUCGGACAACUAUUUCCAGAGUCAUUUUCCAGACAGAACUGAACACUGCCACAAAAACAUUCUUUACUAAAGAAUAUUUGAAAAUAAAACAAAGCUUUCAGAAAUCCAGCUGUGCAAAGUGGCCCCUACCAAGCUGCAGGAAAGCAUUCCAUCUUUUUGGAGGCUUCCAUAGACGUGCAGCUCCAGUUACAAGAAGGCAGUUCCCACAUGGCGCACAUAGGAUGGAUUAUCUGCACUUUGAAGAUGACAGCCGUGGAUGGUGGUUUGACAUGGAUAUGGUGAUCAUCUAUAUUUAUUCAGUGAACUGGGUCAUUGGAUUCAUUGUUUUCUGCUUUCUUUGCUAUUUUUUCUUUCCGUUUUAGGAAUUUUCAUACCUUACUACAGUUGAACAAUCACAAAUGAUGUAGAUAACAAUUACUUAAAUAUUUUUUAAAUGUGCUUUGAAGUUUUUAUAAUGUUGCAUUAUUUAAAUUGUUGGUGUUUAUAGAAAGUCUGAGAAUAAUGGACUUACUGUUUUUCAUGUAACAAACUAAACUUUAUUCAAGAGCUGAUCUAUCCAGCACUUAGCAACAAUACAUUAAUUUCAUAGUUCUUCUUGGUUUAGGAUUUGUAGGCUCUAAUUUUACAAUGUCACUUUAAUACUUAUCUUGAUUGUGAAGACUAAAGUUUUUCCUCCACUUAAAAAUAGUAAAAAUACAAAAAGAAAUGAUAAUCUGAGUAGAUAGUAUCUUUAUGAAUAAAGUAUUUAGUCAAUCACCACUUAUUCUCAGGCAAAUUAUAUGCAUUAAGGAUAAACCAUAUUCUCUGGAAACUAAUCUAACAGGGUAUAUUCACUUUGGUAUCACUACUUACUUCCCAUUCUAUUACCAAGAAAGCUAACUAUCCUUUUUUUUACUGACCUAAUAAAAUAGAUUUUAGUGCAACAUUUUUAAUUAUUACAAGAACAGAAUAGUAAAUACAAAAAAAAAAACAAAAAAAAAACCCUGAGAUGAAUCCCCACCAAUAGAUACUUACAGAAAUAUAUUAACAGUUUUCAAAUUGCAGGAUUACUCACCCAAAGAAAUAAAAAAUUUACUGACUUUCAGUGGUCUAAAAGAGCAGUGCAUGUCCAAAAUGUAAUUAAUUUAGUGAUUCAUUUAACUAGGAGGUUGUCAAAUAUGUUGUAAAUGUGCAAUAAAGAGUGGCUUUUAAAUUUUUUUCAUUGUUAUGGAGUGUUUUAAUGUCUGGAAUAAAUAAUUGUUGGAAAUGGG